AUGGCACGUCGUCUACCGAGGUGCCUAAUAUCGAAUUUCAUUCGUGGGCUCUCAUCGAGGGAGCUGGUCGAGCGGGCGGAGCGCCAAAAGGUGACUACUACUCGACAGAAGAAAUCUGCCGCUUUGGCUAAAGGGGCUGCCUUCAUUACAGCUCGAAAACUACUAUUAGGCGAUGUAACUAUAGUAGUAAAUAGUGCUGCAGGGGAGGAGCUUCUUCUUAAAGGCAUUUGGGCCCGCUUCCGUGGUCUAAGAGCCGUCGUAGGGCGUCGUGGCGUACCACGUUCCUAUAAAAUCGAUGAAGCUAACCCCGGAGACGAUAACUGA